GUCUCACCCAGAGACAGCCUAUUGCUCUUUCGCGCGACAUUACCUCUGUGCUGCUUAUACAGGUCUGUUUGGCCUUCAAUAUCAUAUCCACAGCAUGUGCAGCCUUCUGUCAUGACAAGUUCACCCAUAUACCGUUGAAACUAUGGCCUACCCGACUCACUGCGGUGGUCUGCGAGGGGUCCGACGAUCAUAUGCCAUAUGCCUGGGAUUCCUCUGGCUUGCACUCCUCUGCGGAGCAUACCAGACCAUAUCAGACGAGACAUUAAAGAACCUCCCGCAACCAAACGGUGAAUUCGACAUUCACAAUGGCGCCCUUCUCGCCCCUAUCCUUCGACCUCGUGUUCCAGGCACUCCCGGCUCGACAGCCGUCUUGAACCACUUCGUCGACUUCUUCCACACGCAACUCCCCGACUGGAAGAUUGAUUUCCAGAAUUCUACAUCGAAGACACCAGUCUCAGGAAAUAAGGAUGUACCAUUCGUGAACCUGAUUGCGCGUCGCGAUCCGCCAUGGGCUGCGCCAGGAGAUGUCGGACGGCUGACGCUGGUCGCUCACUACGACAGCAAGUACGAACCGAAGGGUUUCAUCGGAGCAACUGAUAGUGCUGCACCAUGUGCGAUUAUCAUGCAUGCUAUGCGCAGCAUCGACGCGGCAUUAACCAAGAAAUGGUCUGCAAUGGACGCGCAGGGAGAAACGGACACGGCACUGGAGGAACAAAAGGGCAUCCAAGUCCUCUUCCUGGACGGAGAGGAAGCAUUCAAGAGUUGGACAGCUACAGAUUCGCUAUACGGAGCGCGCUCCCUGGCAGAGCAGUGGGAUUUUGAAAUGAAUCCCGCCAUGUCGACUUUCAAAACGCCCCUGACUUCAAUAUCACUCUUCGUCCUCCUGGACCUGCUAGGCGCGAAGGAUCCUGGAAUCCGGUCCUACUUCAAGACUACUCACUGGGCGUAUCAGAAUAUGGCCAGUCUUGAGAAACGGCUGCGCGAUCUUAAGCAAUUCAAAUCUUCAUCCGACAGUGGGAAUAGAUGGUUCACGGAUGCUUCAAAGUCAGAAAAUGAGAUCAUGUCGUGGUCUGGUAUCCAAGAUGACCAUAUCCCUUUCCAAGCGCGAGGCGUUGAAAUCCUCCACGUCAUAGAUACGGGUCAUCCUACGGGCUUCCCGUCCGUAUGGCACACAUUAGAUGACGACGGGGAACACUUGGACAUCCCCACCGUCGAAGACUGGAGCCUGCUCGUUACUGCCUUUGCGGCAGAGUGGAUGGAACUAGAGGGAUACAUGGGAGAUACCCCGGAGCCGGUUUCAAAGAACAAAGAUUCAAAUUCCAAGAGGAAGACGGAGUUGUAAGCUUUCCUUGCUGUUUCUGCUUUCGAUACAGUACAUAUUACUACCAUUCCACGUCUUUCUUGUAUUCUCAUUUUGUUGACAUGAUGUGACGCUUGCUUUCUGCGUCGAGUGAGUGGGAAAGAUGCUAACAGAUCUCUUUCUUUCAUAGUCCAUGAUUUCUCUUUCUGUCCCGACA